AUGCCUAUAAAAAUUAUGGGACGAAAAUCUAAAAAAAGAAGAAGCAGAUCCCGAUCCCCAGCUCGCUUAAAAGUUGAGAAAACAGAGAAUGAUAAAGAAAGCGGGUCAACUGAAAAUAACAGUGAAGAUGAAAUGAUUUCAAAGAUCAUGGGUUUUCAUUCUUUUACCUCUUCAAAAAAUCAAGAUCACACAGAAUCUGCUGUCGAAUAUUGCUCCAGGCAUUCGAAAUCAAAAAGAAAAUACAGAACAUUUUUGAACAACCGAAGAAAACCAAGAGAAGGGCUCAAUAAACUGAUUGAAGAGAUGUAA